UGGUGGCGUGUUGUUAUAUUUGGUUAUAGGAUUUUAGAGGCGGGGAAGAGCAGAGGGAUAUUGAUAUAAAUCCAAAUCUUCAUAAAUCCUAUAAAUAAUUGGAGGGAGCAAGGCCGUAUAUAAGGAGGGAGUGGAAGUGAGUUCAGAGUUGUGUGUAUGCUGUGCAGUGAUGUAUGUGGAGUGGUUUUGUAGAAAUUCAUGUAUGGCCCCGGUUUAAACCUUGGAAGGUUAGUGAAGAAGACUCAAUGCACAAUUGAGAAGAGGAGCCAUCUAAGGCUGUGGCCAAUAACUACCUGAACGGGAUGUGGGGGUAUCUACACAGGCUGGUCCCAUCAGCAGCUGCUACAUAGAUCAUCAGUGACAAGGUUUCAUUCAAAGUGGUGCAGUUGGCUGUCUGUUAUCUGUGUGGAGUAGAGAGAGACACUUCACAGUGCAGUGAGACACCCCUGGUCUCGUCCGGCUCGGUGGGCAGUGCUUGUGGCACUGGGUGCGCCUGUGUGGCACUGGCGGUGUGCCUGUGAGAGGGUGGCAGUGGUAUCUCAAUGUGAGGUGGGCAGUGCCAGCAGCUGACAUGGUGAUGAGCGGCUUCAGCCAGCUGGAGCUGGAGAAACGGCUGGCUCAGCUGAAGGACACAGCCGACAGCAUCCAGACACUCUCCGCGUGGUGUCUGAAGCACAAGCACCAACACCGGCGCAUCGUCAACAGCUGGCUCAAGAUCCUCAAGCGAGCCAAAGUGCAGCAGCGGCUGCCGCUGUUCUACCUGGCCAACGAUGUCAUCCAGUACAGCAAGCGGAAGAACCUGGAGUUCGUGCCGUCCUUCCAGACGGUGCUGGAGGGCGCCAUGCCGCUGGUCAGGGACGAGAAGCUGCGUCCGGCCAUCACGCGCAUCCUGAACAUCUGGGACGAGCGCGGCGUAUUCGAGCCGGCAUUCACGUCCACGCUGCGCAACGUGGUCAGCAACGUCACCAAGGCGGACACCAAGGAGAACGCCCAGAUCCUCUCCGACUUCAGGACGAGCGAUCUCAUCAACCACGUGCGGCAAGUGGAGACAAGCGAGAAGGAGACAGAUCAGCUGCUCAAGGCCAUCAACGAUGGCGAGUUCCACGUCUCCGACACGGCUCUCGACGAGCUGCGCAACAACAUCAAAUCCCGCUCGCAGUCGAACCUGUUCGUCAGUGAGCUGGAGGAGGGUGUGCGCGCCGUGGAGCGGUACGUGUCAGCGCUGGACCGAGAGAUCCAGCAGCGCGCCGAGCUCAUCGAGCAGCUGGAGCGCAGCGAAAUCUUCUACGAGACGCAGCGCACCGACGCCAAAGUGGUGGCCGUGGCGUACAAGAACUUCAGUAAGCGUGUUCGCGAUGUGCGCCGUAAGCUGGAGGAGCUGGUGCCCGAGCUGCCGGAUGUGUCGCCGGUGCCGUCGCCGGACAUGAACGCGCCGUCUCCGACCAACUCGGACGACGGGCUGCAGCUGCCCGAUGACGACCCGGACCCACCGUCAGCAGCGGCGGCCGACUCCAGCGGGCCCGACCCGCGCUCCGAGAUCGAGCGCCUGCUGGGCAGCUGGACGGGCGGCGGCUCCGGCGCCCUCUCCUCCACUGACCCGCCGACCGUCGUGGCCGAGGACGGCGCCGAGUUCCCAGCGGCCAGCUCCGGCUCGUUUCUCGGAAUGGGCUCCUCUUUCCCGGCGAAUCUGGCGGCCGAGCUGCUGGGUCGCUCGGCCGACACGCCACCGCCUGUGCCGCCGCCGCCGCCGCCGCAGCUCUCCGAACAGUCAGCCAUCGCCGUGGUGACGGGCGUGCAGCAGGGCGGCACCUUCUCCUCCCAGAACACCCCGCUGGCAGACGACAACGACUUCGAUGAGGACACGUACGAGUCGGGCGCCAGCGGCGGCGGCGGCGCUGCCAGCCAGCCGCUCUCGGACCUGAUGCGGCUCAUCGGCCGGCAGCUGCAGCCGCCGCCGGCGGCCGCCCCCGCCGCCGCCGCCGCCGCCCACAUCCCGGGCCUGGACCUGACGCGCCCGCCGCCGGCGCUGCCGGACGUCAGCCAGCCGCCGCCGCCGGUGGGCGCCGAGCUGUGGCCGAGCCGGCCGCCGCCGGCUCUGCACGCCGACCACCCCUGGCAGGAGGACGCAGUGGACGCGCCCUGCUCGCCGCCGCCCUUUGAGAAAGGUAACAGCGCCUAUAAUUCGCAGAUUGACCUGCCCCCCGCGUUUAAGGCGGUGGACGAGGCUCGUCUGCCGUUCUCGGCGGACACGGACCACCGGGUGCUGCCGACUGUGCCGCCGCCGGCGCCGGCGCCGGUGCCACCGCCCGCCGACCUGGACCUCCGCCAGCCGCCGCCGGUCCCCGUGCCGGCGCCCGUCACCGCGCCACCCACUGCCGCUGCCAGCACCAGCUCCGACCACGGCGCCUGGGACAAGAGCGUCGACGACUUCAUCUCGCAGGUGACGGAGGACCGCGACUACCGGCGCCGCGCCGACGCCGACUACCGGCCGCCGCCGACCGACCUGCCCGCCGGCGACGACCACGACUCGCACGACAUGGACAUCUCGGACGGGGAGCGCGAGGGCGCCGCCGGCCGGCGCGCCUCUGGCAGCGGCACGCCGGGCCGCGCCGCCAGACGCCACUCGAGCGGCACACCGGGCCGCGGUGAGCGCGCCCGGCCGGCGGCGGACUCUCCGCCGCCGGCCUCCGUGUCGCCGCUGCCCAGCGGGGACGAGGGCAGCCGGCGCGAGCCCGAGCUGGUCGACCUGGAGGACGAGCUGCCGGAGGUGACUGCUGGCCUCACCGAGUCGCUGGAGGCCGUCGACGACCCGAGCGUCUCCAGCUGGUCGUCGAGCGCCGACUCGCCAGAGCCGGCCGGCGGCGGCGGCAGCGGGCACCGCUCCCGACACCGCAGCGGCGAGAAACGCAAAAAGCGCCACCGCCGGGACAGCGGCGGACGCCGGCGAAAGAAGGAGCGUCGCACGUCGCGCUCGCAGCGCCGCGAGCGACGCUCGUCAGGCGAUCGGCGGCGCCGCUCCCGCAGCGACGACCGCUCCGAGCGCAGGAAGAGCCACAGCAAGAAACACUCGCGCGACAGAAGCCGGUCGCGCGACAAGAGCAGGGGACGUGAUCAGGAGCGAGGGAAGGGCAAGUCGCGCGACCGCGACCGUCACCACUCUCGGGGCAAGGGCCGCUCUCGGGAGCGGGGCGGCCGGGACCGGUCCCGCAGCCGCUCCCGGUCCAGGGAUCGGCGGCAGAGCGGCGGCGGCGGCUCCUUCGAUUACUCUCAGGUGGGUGCCGGAGCGAUGCACCGCGACAGGGCCGGCAGACGCUGGUAGAGUACUGGAGGCGGUAAGGCUGGCGACCGACGGGGAGCUGUACACACACAGACACACACGCAUACAAAUCCGGUGAGUAACUGGUGGCAGGGUUAAGUAGUCGCCGUGCGCAAACGACGUGCCAGUGUACAUGUCCCGCUUUCGGCGCAUCGAAUUUUUCGGACUGUUCGGCGAUGCACCGUUCGGCGAUCAGAAUUUUUUCGUUGCGUUCAGUUUUCGAUGUUGCGUUUUUCGGCGUGGGUUCAGUAGUAGUUUGGUAGCGGGACGCGGCGAGUUGCCAGCGUCUGGUCUUACCUGCGGUCGCUGUGGCUGGUAGGUCGGUCGGUGGCCACACUGGGUAGCCUGCGAGCGCCCGCCGCCGCCGCCGCCGGCCAUUCGCGCCGUUUGUCCGUGUGUCGUCUGUACCGCCGUCUGCGCGGGGUCAGUGGCCACCGCGGUCCCGUGCGGUGCGCGCGAGCUGCGGGCCCACCGGGGUCCCCGUGCGUCUGCCUGUGCCCUCGCGUGUGUCGCGUGUGUGUGUCAAAUAACGUUCCCGGUCGACCUGGCGGUUUGCUCUGGAGGUGGUGUGCGUCGAUGGGCUCUGUACGCCGCGCAACGAACGCUACAGACAAAGCUCCGUGACGGCGUCCCGACUGGCUUUUAUUUACGGCAAUAUCAACAAAACGGCUCCGAA